GUGCCCUCCCAGUCCCCAGUCUGCUCUUUGGGGGCCGCGUGUCCAGGUGGGGCGCACUGAGGGCUGCUGGCUGGCGUAUGCCGCAGGCAGCCCUGUGCCGAGCCGAGGACAGCCCCGGGGACAAGCUCCCGAACGCUGCUGCCAGCUUCAAGAUGAGCGACCUGGACUCGGAGGUGCUGCCCCUGCCGCCGCGGUACCGCUUCCGGGACCUGCUCCUGGGCGACCAGCCCUUCCCCAGCGACGACAGGGUCCAGGUGGAGUUCUACGUAAAUGAGAACACCUUCAAGGAGCGGCUGAAACUGUUCUUCAUCAAAAACCAAAGAUCCAGCCUGCGGAUCCGGCUGUUCAACUUCUCGCUCAAGCUCCUCACCUGCCUGCUCUACAUCGUCCGCGUCCUGCUGGACAACCCGGCACGAGGGAUCGGAUGCUGGGGCUGCACCAAGCACAACUACACCUUCAACGGCUCGUCUUCCGAGAUCAACUGGGCCCCCAUCCUGUGGGUGGAGAGGAAGCUGACUCUGUGGGUGAUCCAGGUCAUUGUGGCCACCAUCAGCUUCCUGGAGACCAUGCUGCUCAUCUACCUGAGCUACAAGGGCAACAUCUGGGAGCAGAUCUUCCGCGUGUCCUUUGUCCUGGAGAUGAUCAACACGCUGCCCUUCAUCAUCACGGUCUUCUGGGCACCGCUGCGGAACCUGUUCAUCCCCGUGUUCCUCAACUGCUGGCUGGCCAAGCACGCACUGGAGAAUAUGAUCAACGACUUCCACCGCGCUAUCCUGCGGACGCAGUCAGCCAUGUUCAACCAGGUCCUCAUCCUCUUCUGCACCUUGCUCUGCCUGGUCUUCACGGGGACCUGCGGCAUCCAGCACCUGGAGCGUGCUGGCGAGAACCUGGACCUGCUCACCUCCUUCUACUUCUGCAUCGUCACCUUCUCCACCGUGGGCUACGGCGACGUCACGCCCAAGAUCUGGCCGUCCCAGCUGCUGGUGGUCAUCAUGAUCUGCGUGGCCCUCGUGGUGCUCCCGCUGCAGUUUGAGGAGCUCGUCUACCUCUGGAUGGAGCGGCAGAAGUCGGGGGGCAACUACAGCCGCCACCGGGCGCAGACGGAGAAGCACGUGGUCCUGUGUGUGAGCUCCCUCAAGAUCGACCUCCUCAUGGACUUCCUGAACGAGUUCUAUGCCCACCCCCGGCUGCAGCAGGACUACUACGUGGUCAUCCUGUGCCCCACCGAGAUGGACGUCCAGGUGCGCAGGGUCCUGCAGAUCCCCCUGUGGUCCCAGCGGGUCAUCUACCUCCAGGGCUCCGCCCUCAAGGACCAGGACCUCAUGCGCGCCAAGAUGGACAACGGGGAGGCCUGCUUCAUCCUCAGCAGCAGGAACGAGGUGGACCGCACGGCCGCGGACCACCAGACCAUUCUGCGCGCCUGGGCCGUGAAGGACUUUGCCCCCAACUGCCCCCUCUAUGUGCAGAUCCUCAAGCCCGAGAACAAGUUCCACGUCAAGUUCGCAGACCACGUGGUGUGUGAGGAGGAAUGCAAGUAUGCCAUGCUGGCCCUGAACUGCGUCUGCCCGGCCACCUCCACCCUCAUCACCCUGCUGGUGCACACGUCCCGCGGCCAGGAAGGACAGGAGUCCCCGGAGCAGUGGCAGCGCAUGUACGGGCGCUGCUCGGGCAAUGAAGUCUACCACAUCCGCAUGGGUGACAGCAAGUUCUUCCGCGAGUACCAGGGCAAGAGCUUUACCUACGCGGCCUUCCACGGCCACAAGAAGUACGGCGUGUGCCUCAUCGGGCUGAAGCGCGAGGACAGCAAGAGCAUCCUGCUGAAUCCAGGCCCGCGCCACAUCCUGGCCGCCUCGGACACCUGCUUCUACAUCAACAUCACCAAGGAGGAGAACUCGGCCUUCAUCUUCAAGCAGGAGGAGAGGCAGCAGCAGCGCGGCCUCGCGGGCCAGGCGCUGUACCAGGGGCCCUCGCGCCUGCCGGUGCACAGCAUCAUCGCCUCCAUGGGUGAGGGGUGCGGGCAGGCACGGGUGGGACCUGGGUGGCCGCGUCUCGCCUGCCCUGGGAGAGGAGGUGGGCUGCGGCGGCGUGGGAGGGCCUGGCCUAGCUCGCCCCCCCCAGGGACGGUGGCCAUGGACCUGCAGAGUGCCGAGUGCCGGCCCGCACAGGGCGGCUGCGGCGCGAAGCUGACGCUGCCAGCAGAGAACGGCUCGGGCAGCCGGCGCCCCAGCAUCGCCCCCGUCCUGGAGCUGGCGGAUAGCUCAGCCCUGCUGCCCUGCGACCUGCUGAGCGACCAGUCGGAGGACGAGGCGAUGCCCUCCGAGGAUGAGGGCCUCUCCGCGGUCGAGUACGUGAAGGGUUACCCACCCAACUCGCCAUACAUCGGCAGCUCCCCCACCCUGUGCCACCUUCUGCCCGUGAAGGCCCCGUUCUGCUGCCUGCGCCUGGACAAGGGCUGCAAGCACAACAGCUAUGAGGACGCCAAGGCGUACGGGUUCAAGAACAAGCUCAUCAUCGUCUCAGCGGAGACGGCUGGCAAUGGGCUGUACAACUUCAUCGUGCCACUGCGGGCCUACUACCGGCCGCGCAGGGAGCUCAACCCCAUCGUGCUGCUGCUGGACAACAGGCCUGACCACCACUUCCUGGAAGCCAUCUGCUGCUUCCCCAUGGUCUACUACAUGGAGGGCUCUGUGGACAACCUGGACAGCCUGCUGCAGUGCGGCAUCAUCUACGCCGACAACCUGGUGGUGGUGGACAAGGAGAGCACCAUGAGUGCUGAGGAGGACUACAUGGCUGACGCUAAGACCAUCGUUAACGUGCAGACCAUGUUCCGGCUGUUCCCCAGCCUCAGCAUCACCACGGAGCUCACGCACCCCUCCAACAUGCGCUUCAUGCAGUUCCGCGCCAAGGACAGCUACUCUCUGGCCCUCUCCAAGCUGGAAAAGCGGGAGCGUGAGAACGGCUCCAACCUGGCUUUCAUGUUCCGCCUGCCGUUUGCCGCGGGCCGUGUGUUCAGCAUCAGCAUGCUGGACACGCUGCUCUACCAGUCCUUCGUGAAGGACUACAUGAUCACCAUCACACGCCUGCUGCUGGGCCUCGACACCACACCCGGCUCCGGCUACCUCUGUGCCAUGAAGGUCAGCGAGGAUGACCUGUGGAUCCGCACCUACGGACGCCUCUUCCAGAAGCUGUGCUCCUCCAGUGCCGAGAUCCCCAUCGGCAUCUACAGGACCGAGUGCCACGUCUUCUCCUCCGAGCCCCAGGAUCUCAGAGCCCAGUCCCAGGUAUCGGUGAACGUGGAAGAGCGCGAGGACCCGCAGCGGGCCACGGGACCCUGGGGCGCACGGCCCGGGCCCGGUGGGGGCAGCACCCAAGGCCGCCAUCCCAGCAGCAGCGACCCGGCCGAGCACCCCCUGCUGCGGCGCAAGAGCCUGCAGUGGGCCCAGAAGCUGAGCCGCAAGGGCUCCCGGCCCAGGGGGAAGGCGCCCGUGGCUGCCGAGUGGGGCAGCCAGCAGCGGGGCAGCCUGUGCCGGCACUCCGAGCGCCAGGAGCUCUCCGAGCUGGUCAAGAACCGCAUGAAGCACCUGGGGCUGCCCACCACCGGCUAUGAGGACGUAGCAAAUUUAACAGCCAGUGAUGUCAUGAAUCGGGUAAACCUGGGAUAUUUGCAAGAUGAGAUGAACGAUCAGCAGAACACGCUGUCCUACGUCCUCAUCAACCCUCCACCCGACACGCGGCUGGAGCCCAACGACAUUGUGUACCUCAUCCGCUCCGACCCCCUGGCCCACAUGGCCAGCAGCUCCCCGAGCCACAAGAGCAGCUGCAGCAACAAACUGUCCUCCUGCAACCCCGAGACCCGUGACGAGACCCAGCUCUGAGGCUGGGACCUGGGCUGGGCCCUGAAGGGCCGCAGCAAGGAUGCAGGAGGGCGCGGCCAGGCACUGCUCUGGCCACAGCCGUUCAUGGUGGCUCCUGGGACAUGGCCCGGGGGGUAGGCCUCGUGCAGGCCGGAGGGGGGGUCUCCACACUACCCUGGAGGCUGCCAGGAAGUGGUUUUUAAGCUGUUUUUACAAAUCUGUGACCCAUGUCUUCACAGCUGUACCGAAACUCGUGACCAGGACCCGGCCAAGGUGAAGGGUGGGUGGCCGGGAGGGGACAGCCGGGGACUGGACACCACCAGAGUCCUCUGCCCUGCAAGGCCACAUCUGGGCGCUGCCAGAGGACAGAGGCCGGGAGGGGAAGGGCGCCCCCUGGGGCCCAGUGCAGGAAGCCCCAUGGCCCGCACAAGGGCUGCCCAGCAGGCUCAAGGCCAUCCAGGCUCCUGCAGGGCUUGGCCUGUGGCAUCUGUCGGCAACAAGGGCGCCCUCUGCUGUGGCUGAGCCCACGACUCUGCAGAAGUCAGAAGAAUUUCCUAUUUUUACACCAAGACUUCCCUCCUGCCUCUUGGGCACAGGGGCAGACAUGGCCUCUCUGUGGCCCACCCCACACUCUCCUAAAGCGAAGCCUUGUUCCUGAACGCCCGGCACAAGAAGCACAAUUCGCCCUGGGUGCUGCCUGCUGCCCUCAGCCUCCAGUCUCCUCCAGGGCAGAGGCCCAGGACCACAGUCACUGCCAGUGUCCCUGGGAUGCCCCUCGGCCAGCGCCUGGUAAUCCCUGCGCUCUGCAGGCUGCAUGUUCCAAGGCAGCUGCCCAGGGACUUGGGGCUCUGGGCCCAGGGCUGGAGGACACCGGGGCUCACUUGUUUCACUUAAAAAUGCCCGCCAUGGUCCCCACGACCUAGGCCCGGCCAACACGGCGCUUCCAAACUGUGGGCAUCAAACCCUGUGUGGCAGAUUGGCAGCUUGGCUGAGGCGGGUGCCCAGUGUCCAGGAGGUUCCCUGGGGCGGGAGACCCAGGCCUGAGGGUGGGCGCGGCUCCUCGGACCCACAGCUGCUGGGGACCUGUCCACUGGGGGGCAGGGCUGUGUACCUCACCUGUGUCCAUUUUGGGUACCCCAAGAGGCUGGGGUGGAAGGGAAGGGCAAGCAGCUCAGGGACAGCAGGGCCCUUCCGGGGACACGCCCCUCCCCACCGGGACACGCCCCCUGGGCGGGACACGCCCCCGGCCAGGACACGCCCAGGGCCAGACUGCCUUCCACAGCACCGGACACAGCUUGUGCCCCUAUCCUGGCCUGCCUGGUGCCUGCUCAGAAAGUGCCUAGAGGUCCUAAGUGCAGCAUUCUUGGGGACAGAAGGACAGGCAGAGAGGGGCCCUGUGGCAUCAGGACGAGGAAGCCCUUGGCCUUGAAGUGGCAAGCACCCAGCCUGGGCAGGGGAGGCCAGCCCUGUCCUGGCUGGGCUCCAGCCUCCUGCACUGGAGCAGGCCGAGCUUGCCUUGCCCAGGCGGCUCAGUGCCCUCGGCCGCGCCUCCUGCACCCAGGCUCCAGCCCCCUGUGCAGCCACCUGCCUGGCUGUGGGACCCCCUGGAAGGGCUGCUGUCCCUGGGUGGCACCUGGGGGGACGUCCUCCGCCUUGGGUUUGGGCUACAGCACGUGGCCAAGUGCGGCAGCAUCCUCCUAGUCUCUGGCAGGGCCGGGUCUGCCUCCCACAGGUGUGCGUGCCCAGGAUCUCGGCUGCUGAGGGUGUCAGGCCCUGGACAGGGUACCCUGCUCUGCCAGAACACACGGGGGGCAGUGCUUGGGGUGCCCCGCACUGGGCCAGGGGGUCGCUGUCCUGAGACGUCGGUCACCAGCCCAAUAAAAGCUGCCUGUGCAUCUGGAA